UAUCAUCAUUUUGUUUGAACAUGUUCAAUUGAUAUUGAUUGUACAACAUGCUUAUUCAACUUGUACUCUAUAAAUACUUAAUACAAAAGAUUUUUGUUUGGUGAGAUGAUGAUAAAUUAUUCGUGAAAAAUGAUCUCUCCGGCACACUCUUACUAAAAGCAAACGGGGGUAUACGAAGAUUACAAAGACAUUUUUGGGAGAGUGAACAAAAUAAUAAAUAACCAGAUAACGCCAUUGCUUGAAUAUCGAUGCGUCUCUCACACGACUACAUUCUACUAUUUGUUGUUUUCAUACUCCUCUGCAUCACGGCCAUAGCAUUCGACGAUUUCGCAGUUGACGUUGACGAUUUUCCACGGCAUCACCGAUAUUCUUACCUCUAUUCGAGAAUUUUUGGCAUAUUGCGCGCUGGUGGACGGGCGAUACGUGAAUUGAAGAACUUCGACAAUGGAUAUCUACGAGAAAACAUUUGUGAAUCCUGGAUCCCAUUCAAUCUAUUCCAGUCAAAACCAUAGCAGCCCGCAAAUAUGUAACUUUUGUGGUCAUUCAUUAACCGAUAACCUUAAUACACGUCCUAUACCGUUGUAUCCAUUGCUCACCCACGGAAGCAACAGUUACAGGAAUCGUUCGUCGCAUUUGCGUUCCAGGUCACGUUCGUAUUUUAGCGAUCGCCGACGCAGUAAUCGCUACAAUACAGCGUAUUCGCGCUCCAGGUCACGUUCGUAUUCUAUUGAUCGCCGACGCAGUAAUCGCCGCAGUACGGCGUAUUCGCGCUACAGAUCACUUCCGCGUUCUAGUGAUCACAACCGUUCGUAUUCGUGCUCCAGUUCACUUUCGUAUUCUAGCUAUAGCCAAAGCAGUAAUCACAGCCGCUCUCAAGACAGAUCCAAUGACAAGACUAAUAGAAAAUGUCUGGGUAUAUUUGGUCUAGAUCCUUACACUAAAGAAAGUCACCUCUACAAAAUAUUUGAAAAAUAUGGUUCCAUUGAUAAAAUCGUUAUUAUUUUGCAUCCUAAAACUGGAAAGUCUCGAGGUUUUGGUUUUAUGUAUUUCAAAAACCAUGAAGAUGCAAAGAAAGUUAUAGAAAAAUGUUCGGGCAUGGAAAUCUCUGGUCGAAAAGUUAAAAUUGAAUUUUCGAUUUCCCAACGUCCUCUUUAUUCAAAACCUGGCAUUGAUAUGGAUGAUCCUGGAAUUCAGAAAAGAAAAAGAGAUGCUGAAAGAAAAAGCACAUCAUCCAGAUCCAGAUCUUGCAGUAGCAAGAAGUCAAAAUCACAUUCUUCAUCACCACCACAUAUAAUGUAUUAUGCAUAAAUGAGCUGAAAUAUCAUCAACAGAAGAAUACUUCAUGAAGAAAUUCAAC